AUGGACGAAGACGAUCGGAGCUCUUCUGGCCAUAGCCGCCUUGGAGAUGAACACGUCCGUGAUUCUAGAAGCCCGGGUCCACGACAACCACGACCUCAUCCAGUGGAACAAACCCCUUUGCAUGGCGUACUAGUGAUAUCCUACUAUGUGGAACACUACAGUAUGGCAAUUGGCUCGGCCUGGGAGCACCCUGUACGACACAACCGUUCCUCUUCUGUAGACUCAAUGUUGGUACAUGUCUCAGACCCUCCAUACGAGGAUCCUUCCGAAUCCUCUGAGUCUUCGAGCUCAGAAGAAGAGCUAGAUUCUGAGCUGUCCGACCUCGAUGAGGCCUCUUCUGACUCGGGCUCAACGCAUUCUGCGCACGAAGAACCGGAUUCCUCUCCAGGCUCUCACGCAAGAGAAGCCCCACCAAACCAGCCUCCUGAAGAAUUUGAUUCCGCCUCUCAAGACCGUACUACAGAGUCAUUUCCGGAUCCAGAUGAGAACGAUCUUUCUGACAACGAUCUUUCUGACAUCGAUCUUUCUGACAUCGGUCUUUCUGACAUCGAUCUUUCUGACAUCGAUCUUUCUGACAUCGGUCUUUCUGACAACGAUCUUUCUGACAACGAUCUUAUCUUUUUCACCACCUCUGAAUUUUCCACGCCCCCAAUCACCAUCGGCCCUGAGGCCUCAGAACCUGAAUUGAUUCUACCUUCAAUUCAAUUCGAUCAGGACGAUAUGGCGCCGCGACGUUCUCAACGAUCUGGUCUCCCCAGUGACGGUCGUCACAUACUUCUACCCCAGUCACAAGCCAAUCGGGAGAAAAGAGCCCGAGAAAGGCAGACGCAACAGAGACUGGCUCAGGUCCAGGAGAAGGAGGCCCAGGAGAAAGAAGCUCAGGAGAUGCAAGCCCGGCAGAAGGAAGCCACCGAGCGACUCAAGACCCUGGAGCUAUCUGAAACCCAGGAUGACAAAUGCAGCGAGGUCAAUUUUCCACUGACGAAGUCUUCAUUGCCAUCCCCUCAAGAGAGAGUGCUUGGCCCUGGGACGAAUGAAGUUGUCAUUGAUUAUCUUGCGAAGAAAGGCUACAGCCGCACCGAGGCCAUGCUCCGUAUGGAAUCCGCGAACCAGGAGAUCGAUGGGCGCCCUCUCCCCCAGUUGGGAGAGGACUCUCGCCCCAAGACCCGUCAAGGAUUCGAUCUGAUCAAGAACUGGGUUGAGGAGAACCUUGAUCUGUACAAGCCUGAACUUCGUCGCGUCCUUUGGCCACUAUUUGUGUAUUCGUUCUUUAACAUGGUGACCUCCUUCUACCCACAGGAUGCGAAGGCUUUCUUUGAGGCAAACAAAAAUAUGUUCCUUCCGGAGCACACUGAUGAUAUUCGCCACUUUGAGCCUAUCAGUCUACCUGAGCAUUUGCAGGACAACUCCAUUGCCAAGCUGUACCGCAACAACAAAUUCCGUGUGGUCUUGAGCAACCCUGCCUACACCAACCUCUUGCAGUUCUUAGAAAGCAAGGAUAAAGAAGGUGGAUCUGUUAUGAAUGCAAUUCUCAGCAGCUACUGCUCCGUGAAGACCCUGGACCGAGCAACAGACGACAGGUUUAGCUUUGCUGCUAUGUUGAGCCAAAUCGGGGCCGGUCAGACCUUCCCUGCUGAGGAUGAAGGCAUCCCAGGCCAUCAUCCUGGUUCGGCUUACACCGGCGACAAUCCCGCCAUGGCUGGAACACUGCCUCGCCUGAGGCUCGGCAAAAUGCCAAUGGAGCCGACUUUGGAGGAGGAUGUGCGGGCUGAGCUUGCCGAGGAGGACCAGAAGCAAGGACCUCCCGCCGGUCGCAACACACUCACCCAAGAGUUCGAAGAGAUGAUCAAGAAGGAGGAAGAUGAUGAAGCCCCUUCUCGUGCUGAUAUACCAUUCCCUGAGUCCACAGCCCGUGACGUGGAGAUCGAGGUGAAGAGGGUCAUGGAACACCGCGACCGAUUUGAGAUCAAGGGUCGCACUGGUGGUGUUGGCCCUGGAGUUAGUGUGUGCAUGUUCACGUUCCAUAACACCUUUGACAACAUCAACUGCAUGGAUGUGUCCGAUGACAAUGCACUCAUCGCCGCCGGAUUCCAACAAUCUUACAUUCGUGUCUGGUCAGUCGACGGCAAGCAUAUUCCCAAGUCAGGCCCAGAGUUUGCCGACAUGCCUGACGCAAACUCCCACCGCCUGAUCGGUCACUCGGGUGCCGUCUACGCAGUUGCAUUCCCACCAUGUGCCUCCGCCCGCGAGGGAGUGCCAGAAGAUGAACGUGUUUGCACUGGUCCUCGCUGGCUACUCUCUUCAUCGGCUGAUAAGACCAUUCGCCUGUGGUCUCUUGAUGCUUGGCAGUGCAUGGUGAUUUACAAGGGUCACCAUGGUCCUGUUUGGGAUCUCCGAUGGGGACCUUUCGGCCACUACUUUGUUUCUGGUAGCAACGACCGGACUGCCCGACUUUGGGUCUCUGACCACAUUCGCCAACAGCGUAUCUACGUUGGUCAUGAUCAGGAUGCCGACUGCGUCUGUUUCCAUCCCAACUCGGCUUAUGUGUUCACUGCCAGCUCCGAUCACACAGUUCGGAUGUGGGCUAUCACCACUGGUAACGCUGUUCGUAUGUUCACUGGUCAUACUGGAAACAUUACAGCUAUGGAGUGUAGCCGUGAUGGCAAACUUCUGGCCUCCGCCGAUGAUCAAGGCGCAAUUAUCCUGUGGGAUCUUGCUCCUGGCCGUCUUCUGAAGCGCAUGCGUGGCCACGGCAAGGGAGGUAUUUGGUCUCUGAGCUGGAGUGUGGAGUCCACCGUGAUUGUUUCUGGUGGAGCAGAUGGAACUGUUCGUGUCUGGGACGUCGCUGGUCCCCAGGAAGGUCAGGGUCGCAUCAUCGGGGAAGGGGGCGCCGGCACCAAGAUCGAUGCCGGGCCCGCUCCUGCAGGCCAGAACAAGAAGAAAAAGGCCAAGGAGACCGUUGUCACCUCUGACCAGAUCAGUGCUUUCCCCACCAAAAAGACUCCUGUCUACAAGGUGAAGUUCACGAACAUGAACUUGGUUAUUGCGUGCGGUGCCUACUUGCCUUAA